UUCUGAGCUUUGUGAGAUUCAGUUCCCAAAUUAGAGAAUCUCUUGUGUCGCCUGAAGUGAUAACAUUCUCAUUAUUCACCCAAGGAGAGAUCGGAGCUAAAAAGCUAUCCCUCGCCGGAAAAUUCCUUCAGUUUUGAAUUACCUUCAAGCCAGACAACAACACAACAAGGAAAUCUUAGCCUCCUUUCCUCUCCCUCUCUCUAUCUUCCAUCUUUAUCUCUGUCUAUAGGCUUUGUCUUUGAUCAACACGAAGCUUUUUGUUUUUUUUUUUAUCUUUUUAGAAAAGUUUUCAGCCAAUGGAUUCGUUGGUUCGAAUCCAGUAGUUGCUUCAAAGGUCAUGGAUUUAGUCAGGGGUUUCUGGAGGAAACAUAGAAGGAAGAUUUUGGUGACGACGACUUGUUUGGGAAGUGGGUAUUUACUCUACAAACUAUACAAUGCUCAUACUCGUAAGCUCGCUGAUUUGGAACGAGAGCUUGCUUAUGAGCGUGAAAAUGACGAGAUCAUCAAAACCCAGUUGAGUUUUUGUAACCUCACACCAAAAGACAGAGUCUUUUUAUGCUUUUUACCAAGUUUGGUUGUUUCUCAAUUUCUAGUGCUUAUUCUUGUUUUUGGUUUUGUUCUCUCCAUACUCUCUGUUAGAAUGAAGGCCCAUUUCGAUAACAUUCAGAUGAUUGCUGAUACUACUACAUUGCCUCACGCAAUGCAUCACUUGAGUAGCCGUUUAGUUGAAGAGAUUGAUGUCUCUAGUAUUAUGGAUAAGCUAAGCAAAGGAAAAGGAAUAUUGAUUCCUUCUGAGAAGCUUCAUCUCUGGAAUGAGCUCAAAAUUUUGAGUUUCACGAGGAUGGUUUUGUCGCUUUGGUCUGUCACUAUGCUUAGUUUGUACAUUAGGGUUCAAGUCAAUAUUUUGGGCAGACAUUUAUAUAUCGACACUGCUAGAGGUCUUGGGAGCUCCCAUUUACUUGAAGAACUAGAUCUCAUAGAUAGAGAUGACGAACAAAAGUUUUUGGCAAGCGCUGAUUUUCUUGCGACUAGUGGCAUACCGAGUUUGAUUUCUAAUAUGCAGGGUGCAGUGAAAGAAGUUCUAAAGGGAAAGCAGUUGAAGGAUGUGUUUACCACAAGGGUUCUUCAAGAAACUGUGAUGCGGAUUCUCGAUGUGUUUAUGAGCACUGGAAGUCCACAUCACUGGGUAGAUUAUCUGAUGAUGUCCCAAGACGCAACCAGUGAUGUUUCCUCUUCUGAUGCAACUGUUACCAAGUUUCAUCAACUCAUAACCGAGACACGGGAAGUAGUCACAAGCAAUGAUUUUACAAAUGUAGCAGAGAUCUCACUCAAGUGUUGUGCCGUGGCGUUAGUAGAGGAGAUGGAAACACAGACCGCUUUAGCCAAAGGGAUGCAAUUGGCGAAGCUAUUACCACAGAUUGAGAAGACCAUGCCAGAGAUUUCAGCUGAACCAAGCAAGAACCGGUUCUUGCAACUCAUCCGAGAUUUGCCUGAAGUUAAACUCUUUUUUACUCUUUUAUACGCAAAUAUGCCUCAGUAGCAUCAUUAUUAAACCCCCAUUGCCAAAUUGUUUGCUCAUCACUUUUUAUUUUGUGUUUUCAAUUUACUUCAAAAUAGUAAAAUCAAACAUCUCUAGAAUAAUUUGUUCAAUA